UCGCCGUCGUCCAUUUGUGGGGAACCACGCAAAAGUCAAAACUUUUUUCAGACCACAGUCCAACCAACAUCGUCGUGAUUAGCUGUACGUUCCGUCGACGGGGCGAAAGAAGUCCAACAAUUUAAUCGUCGGUGGUGACCACGCGAAUUCGCGAUUCAAUCGAAGAUAGACAAGCUUAGUGACGGGAUUUGUGAGCACUGCGUUAGUGCUGAAAGGUGGCCAAAUUAAAGCUUCGUCGGUGUAAAGGUCGGAUAGAAAAGGAAAAAUACGCAUCAGAAUUGCGGUAUCUGUCUGUCUGGCAGGCAGACCUGUCCAAGCAAUCCGCGUGUCUUGGAGGAAGAGAAUUCAUGGCCUACCACGGGAUAGGGUCAAAUUGAUCAUUAGAGGAUUGAUUGGGGGAGACGUUUCAUAAUCCCGCAGGAUCAUUGCAUACUACGGCGUGUUCAAGGAAAAAAAAAUAACAUUCAACAUUAUUGCUCGAGAAAGAUAAUGUCGUCACCGUCUUGGCCGUCGUCGCCUUCGUCGUCGUUUUGGGAGCAAAAAGUUUAUUACGCUGUGCACUAGAAAGUGAAGGAAAAAAUAGCCCAAAAUAUACGUUUCAGUGUCUGUGUUCUGUGACCAGAUUGCCCCGUGGAUUACUUGAGAAAUAAUAAUACUAAAAAUUGAGCAACUCGACAACGAGAGCAGAAUCAGCAUCAUCAUCGUCUAUCUCUCACACACUUGAGGUGGAGCAAUCCAUGAAUGAAGGCGAAAUUCCUUACGAUUUGAAAUAACAACGCCAGCUGAAGCUGAACCUGCAAGCAGCAUCGGUUGAUUGAGCUAAGCUGCGAGGCGGCAGUCGUCUUAUUGCCGUGGCGCAAAUUGCCCACCAGCACACGAGCGAGAAAGUAACACGUCGUCACGAUCGCGAUCGCGAAUUGAUCGUUCAACAGAGCCCCCGUCAGAAUGUCAUCGUCCGACGCCACCAACAACAGCCAGCAGCAGCAGCCGACGAUGGCCCCGGCCACGGCUGCGGCUUCAGUGCCCAUUUCACAGCCCACCCGGGUCACCCAGCCGCCACCAGCCACGAUCAUCAAGGAGGGCUGGCUGUACAAGCGCGGUGAACACAUCAAGAACUGGCGCUCGCGCUAUUUUGUCCUGAAGGACGACGGCACCCUGGUCGGGUACAAGAACCGUCCGGACGCGUCCUUCCAGGCGGAACCAUCCAACAACUUUACCGUGCGCGGCUGCCAGAUCAUGUCCGUCGAUCGGCCACGGCCCUUUACCUUCAUCAUCCGUGGCCUCCAGUGGACCACCGUCAUCGAGCGGAUGUUCCACGUGGAGGAGGAGAAAGAGCGCCAAGAGUGGGUCGAGGCCAUCCGGAGUGUGGCGAAUCGGCUUACGGAGGCCGAAGCGUACCAGGGCGGAGCGGGUCCGGGCGAGUCGAACGAGGACGUCGAGAUGGCGUCCAUCGCCGAGGACGAGCUGCUGACGGAGAAGUUCUCGGUGCAGGGCACGUCCACCGGCAAGAUCAGCGGCAGGAAGAAAGUGACGCUGGAAAACUUCGAAUUCUUGAAGGUGCUCGGCAAGGGCACGUUCGGCAAGGUGAUCCUGUGCCGCGAGAAGACGACCGCCAAGCUGUACGCGAUCAAGAUCCUCAAAAAGGAGGUGAUCGUGCAAAAGGACGAGGUGGCGCACACGAUGGCCGAGAACCGCGUCCUCAAGCGCACCAACCAUCCCUUCCUGAUUUCUCUCAAAUAUUCGUUUCAAACCGUGGACCGGUUAUGCUUCGUGAUGCAGUACGUCAACGGCGGUGAGCUGUUUUUCCACCUGAGUCGCGAGCGGGUCUUCUCCGAGGAUCGAACCCGGUUCUACGGGGCCGAAAUCAUCUCUGCGUUAGGAUAUUUGCACUCGCACGAGAUCGUGUACCGGGAUCUGAAGCUGGAGAACCUGCUGCUGGACAAGGACGGCCACAUCAAGAUCGCCGACUUUGGCCUGUGCAAGGAGCAGAUCACGUACGGUCGCACCACGAAGACCUUCUGCGGCACGCCGGAAUAUCUGGCCCCGGAGGUGCUCGAGGACAACGAUUACGGGCUGGCCGUGGACUGGUGGGGCACCGGAGUCGUAAUGUACGAGAUGAUGUGCGGCCGGUUGCCGUUCUACAACCGUGAUCACGACAUCCUGUUCACGUUGAUCCUGAUGGAGGAGGUCAAGUUCCCGCGGAAUAUCACCGCAAAUGCGCGCGAUCUGCUGACUGGACUGUUGAUGAAACAGCCGAAGGAUCGGUUGGGUGGAGGGCCGACGGACGCGAAGGAAAUUAUGGUGCAUCCGUUCUUCUCCAGCAUCAACUGGACCGAGCUGUACCAGAAGCGUAUUCCGCCGCCGUUCAAACCGCUGGUAACGUCCGACACCGAUACGCGCUACUUCGAUUCGGAGUUUACUGGCGAGAGUGUAGAGUUGACGCCACCGGAUAAUAAUGGACCGUUAGGGGCCAUCCAGGAGGAGCCGCAUUUUUCACAGUUCAGCUACCAGGACAUGGCAUCCACCCUGAACACGCCGUCGUUCAUGAACAACCCCAACAGCUACGUGUCGAUGCAGUGAGCAGACUCGCGCAAAGGACCCCCCAGCAGAGAGCAGGUACCGGACAACUCUCCGGAGAUCGGCAACAGCUUUUCGUUUGCGGCAGUGUUUCCGGAAUGAACUAAGUCACCACCUCUCCCAAAAGGGUGGUGCGCGUGGUUCGGUUCGACGACACAUUUCGUUUUGAUUCGAAAACCAGCAGCAGCAGAAACAAUAUUUAGUUGAAGCGCGUGUGGCGAGGGGGGGCGUUCUGGAAAGGGGCGUGUCCCUCGCCAGCGUAGAAACCUUUCGCCCAGCAAUAGACCGGUUAACUUCAGGUAACGCUGACACACAAAACAAAAAACAGGAGCAAUCGCAACAGGUGUCCCACCUUAAGACACAAGCAAUAGCCCAACCAAAAGCAGCAGAAACAGACAAAAUAUUCCAUUCCCACUUUUUUUUACGUUUUUUUUUCAUACAACUAUCCACAUUCACAACCACAACAAAAUAGUCAAACAGAAAAAAAAUAUUGUAGCAGAUAAGAAGCGAAAACCGUACACAACCUCCCCUGCAAUUUAAAACUAAAAACAAAAAUGGCUCUUCCUUUUUCAACCAUGAAUGCUAAAAUUUAUAAUAAGUUUAAGGAGUAAUUAUAACGCGAGGAAAGAAAAACACAACAAAAACAUGAAACUAAGGUAAAAGAUCGAACUGUGAUAAAACUAAAAAAAAAAGUUUAACCAAUCAGAUGCAAGCAAGUGCGCGCGGAUUAACCAUAAACAAAUGCCCGAGAAAUAAAGUUAAAAAUAAAUAAAAAAGAGGUGUAACUUGCAGAGCAAAUAAAGUACCCCCCCAAAACAUGUAGCGUUUAGUUUAAAUCUAGCCGAUAGUGGAUAAAAUAAAACAAAAAAG